CUGCGGGGCAGCCGGGCAGCGGGGAACCCUCGGGCCACCGGGCCGCCGGCGCCUCAGCCAUGUUUUACUCAGGGCUCCUCACCGAGGGCGGCCGCAAGGAGACCGACAUGCGGGAGGCGGCGGCGCUGCGGCAGCAGCGCCGAAUGAAGCAGGCGGUGCAGUUCAUCCACAAGGACUCGGCCGACCUGCUGCCCCUGGACGGCCUCAAGAAGCUGGGCUCGUCCAAGGACACGCAACCUCAUAACAUUCUGCAGAGACGCCUCAUGGAAACCAACUUGUCGAAGCUCCGGAGCAGCCGUGUCCCUUGGGCCUCCAAGACCAGCAGACUCACUCAGGCCAAGUCUGAGAGUCUAAAGAAGUCCGAGGAUGAUGACAUGAUCUUGGUUUCUUGUCAGUGUGCUGGCAAGGACGUGAAAGCCUUGGUUGACACAGGCUGUCGGUACAAUCUCAUCUCCUCAGCCUGCGUGGACAGAUUGGGGCUUAAGGAGCAUGUCAGAUCUCACAAGCAUGAAGGGGAGAAGCUUGCUCUACCCCGGCAUCUCAAGGUCGUGGGCCAGAUUGAGCACCUCGUGAUUACACUGGGCUCCCUCCGCCUGGACUGCCCAGCAGCUGUGGUUGAGGACAAUGAGAAAAACUUAUCCCUUGGCCUUCAGGCACUCCGGUCCCUGAAGUGCAUCAUAAACCUGGAUAAACACCGGCUGGUCAUGGGCAAGUCAGACAAAGAGGAAAUCCCUUUUGUGGAGACCGUUUCCUUGAAUGAAGACAACACUUCAGAAGCAUAACUACAGGCUGCAGCUUGUCUGUGUGUGUGCAUACACACGAGGCUGACAGAGCGCUGUACCAAAUGAAGUCGCAACUCGCUGUGGACCAAGUCCUUCCCUGUAAUAGAAGCUUCAGGGGCUCCUUCCCACCCAGACUUCUCUAGACUGUAGUCUGUGCUUAGAGAUCUUGUCUGGUUAUAGCCAUUGUUUUCUACUCCUCUGACCACUUAAUUUGUAGACCUUUGACACUGCCAGGUCUCACAUUGGACCUAUUUCUCCGCUUCCUCCAGGCAUUUGCUUUUAUUAGUCAAGUCCAGGGGCUGCCAAGUUCCACUUCUCCCUGGGUACACUUGCUUCUUUUCCUGUAGCUCAGAACUGGACCUUUACCUCCUCCCAGCUGUUUCUAUGAGAUGCAGGAGACCAAUUAGAAUUUCUUUUGGUUCAUUCACUAAUAUUCCAGCAUGAAUCUGAGAAACUCCCAAAGCGUUCGUCUAGUCCCCCCAUUUCCCGUCAGGGUCCAGGGAGGCAGUGGAUGAUUAACCUAAUGAACCAAGCCGGUGGCAGAAAGGCACCUGGGACUCAGACCCAGCUUCCAAGCCAAUGUGAUAUCCGUCCACCACACCGCAUCUUUGUCUUCAAGCCGUUAGAGGAGGGUGAAGCAGCCAAAUGUGUGAAAAGAGUGUGCUGUAGGGUUGGGUCUUAGGAGGGCUCCUCUGAGGUGCCACUCUGGCUAAAAGUCCCCUGCCCCCAAAUGUCACAUUAAGGCCUUCAUCUGGGUGCCUGAAUGGGGGAGAUUACAAAGGUGAAUGAGAUGGUUUCUCACCUUGAACUUUUUGGAAGCGGGUAGAGGGAGGAACAGAGUUGAAAGUCACAGUAAAAGCUCUCUGAGAUGGCAUUGAAGGCAUCAGUAAAUAAUGUAGGUGUUAUAAGAUCCAAACUCUCAAAUACCUGGGCACAGGGGGAAGAGAGGGAGUUUUCAAAGCCCGGAGCAGGCACAGACUGGAAGGGACUGGACCCACUGAGAAUCACUUGGUGGGAGGCUUCCCAGAAGGAACCUUUCUGGGAUGGAGGUAAGAAUAAAACUUCCAAGCAAGAAGUUGAGGGUGAACAGUCUUCAGCUCUGCACUGGUAUGAGGAAGAAGGCAGGACAGGAGUGGGCAGUGUUCCUGGCGACCUUUUUUAAGUGCACAGUAUUCCCUGAGCCCCUCAAAAGGUUGGGGACCCCACGGGGCAUCUUGGAGCUUUCUUCUCGGGGUGUCCAUGUAAACACACAAGUAUCUAAUAACAUUUACGGUCCAGAAAGGAAGGGCUCAAAGAAGUUAGAAAUUGUUUUUUAAAAGGCUAGCUGUGAAUAUUCCUUUCAGAUAUUCCCACAAUUGCCCUUGGUUCAUGACACGAAUGGGUCCCCCCAAGAAACUCCAGCCUGUUUUUCAUCCCUGCCCUGACCAAAUUGCUCUUUGGAACCCUAAAUGAUUUUGACUCCACAGGUGUUUUUCAAGGCCUAGGGCCUUGGUGACCCUCAUCUAAAUCGGCAGCCCUGCUGCCAGGUAUCCCUGAGUUAUUUCCUGGGACCUCAUCCACUCUGCCACUAGAGGGAGCGCAAGGGAAAAGCCAGCACAGCGCCAGCAGAGGAGGACCCGCCUGAAGGGCAGCAGAGAUGAUCUCAGGGCCUCCUCAGCUCCACCGUUCUCUUACCUGUGAGGGACCUGCACUUGUCCCCUGAGGCCCCCUCGCUCUCUUCCCUUACCUUCAUGGCUCCACUUCAGGACAUCCUUCAGACCUUACUUCCUGACUUGAAAGUCCCACUCCGAGCCUUGACUCUUGGCCACAUUUAAGGCAUGUUGGAGUUUCCCUAUGGACCAAAGUACGGAGCCCUCAUGGUGUGGUGGGUUCCACACUGAGUUGUUAACUGCAAGGUGUGCACCUACCAACUGCUCCAAGGGAGAAAGAUGGGCUGUCCACUCCUGUUAAGAUUCAGUCUCAGCAAGGGCUCAAGUAGAAAGCAAAUGUUUUGAGAAUGAGGAUGGCCACAAAUGUACAAGUGUGCUUGACACAAUGGA